AUCAAAAAAAAUCCGACUUUCAUGUGUUUCACGAGCUUGUUUAACUCGUCUUUUUCCGAACAAUUUAAGUAAUAAUCAAAUAUCAGUAGCUUUUUAAAUACUCCGACAUGUUCCAGCUGAGAUCAGUUUUUGCCGUUACUCGCCAAAAUAUUCGGCGAGUUUCUUCGACUCUCAAUGUCAGAAAUGCAGAAGUCGCAGCAGCAGCUCCUAGUGCCGGCGAUAAACUCACUAUACCGUUUCCGGAAGGAGCAGAAAAACCAGCUAGUCCAAAAUUGGUUGCCCUUGUGGACAGUAUUGCAGCCUUAAAUUUGCUGGAAGUUUCCGAACUAAGUGGGCUACUCAAGAAAAAACUGAAUCUUCCCGAUGCCGCUUUGAUGCCAGCAGGAUUUGCCGGCUUUGGUGGUGGUCCAGCUGCGGCCGCCGUGGCAGAAGAAGAAGAAGCCGCGCCGAAAGUAGUCAAAACUACCUUCAAAGUUAAGCUGGUUAAGUUCGACGACAAACAGAAGGUAGCGCUGAUUAAGGAAGUCAAAAACUUGCUGGAAGGUAUGAAUCUGGUACAGGCCAAGAAGUUUGUGGAAAGUGCUCCAACCGUGGUCAAAGAAGAUAUUCCCAAGGACGAGGCGGAAAAACUAAAGGAAGCAUUCACGAAAGUGGGAGCCGUUAUAGAAAUUGAGUAGACGAAGUCAUUGGUUGAUUUUCCUUCCUAUCUUAAGACUAGUUAAUAAAAAUGAAGAUUUACUUACUAAAAAAA